AUGGCAGAGGAGGCGGAGGCGAAAGAGCCGCGGGCCGGCUGCUGGCUGCCCGUGCUGGUGGAGCAGGUGGUGGACGGCACCCUGGUGGUCACCUUGAACUGCGGGGAGCGGCGCUUCACCGGGAUCCUGCUGGAUUGCACUAAAAAGUCUGGAUUGUUUUGUGUUCCGCCAGCUUCACUACCAAAGACCGAUGACCCUCCGAAACCUUGCACUAAUGGGACGUCUGAAGAUGGAGAGCCUAAAAAGCCGGAAACUGAACUGUGGUCUUCAGAUGAAAAACUUUCCCAGGCCAAUAAUGAGGAACAUGUUCCCCCCCUCUUACCCCCACCACCAUCAGACAAUGUUCCUGCUUACCCACCCUAUUUUGAGGGAGCCCCUUUCCCCCCUCCGUUAUGGUUGAGGCACACAUAUAAUCAGUGGGUACCGCAGCCACCCCCAAGAACUAUAAAAAGGACAAAGAGACGCUUGUCCCGAAAUAGAGACCCAGGAAGGCUCAUCAUGAGCACCAUCAGGUUGAGACCAAGACGAGUGCUUUGUGAAAAGUGUAAGAACACCCUAAAUCCAGAGGAGGGUAAUAAAGCAAGGCAAAACGCUAAAACCAGAAGGAAGCUCAACAUUCAGGAUAAGGAGCAAAAAAGACACAGUGAGUCUGAGUAUGUAGAGAAAAGGAACAAACGAGAAAAGCGAGAAGAAGAGAAGUUCUCUAGAGAGCUGCUGCAUCGGACUCCCGUUAUCAAAAUAUCUUACAGCACCCCACAAGGGAAAGGGGAAGUGGUGAAAAUUCCCUCUCGAGUUCAUGGCUCAGGGAAGCCAUUUUGUCCUCAGAGACUACUACAGAAUGGAGGGGAGGACCAAGAGGAGGACCGAGGCACAGAGCAGUAUCGGGAACCGAAAUGUUUUGUGGACAAGUCAUCAAGUGGCCAUCUUGCUUCCAUUCCAAAGCUGAAGUUAACCAGGCCUGUGCAUUCCAGCACAGAUGUGCCACCUCCCAAAAUCAGGCUGAAGCCCCAUCGAACGAACGAGGGGAAUAACGUUUCGAUAUAUAAAGCUGAACUUAUUGAUGAGAUGAAUGUCCCUCCCAGUAGCAGAGGGUCUCAUGCUGCUGCUGAUGCUUUUUAUACUGAUGAGUCGGCUGACAGAAGUCUAGCGGAAAUUUCUUCAGGCAGCUCCUGUGAAGAAGAGGACUUCAAAAGGUUUCACCAAGGUAAAGAUGGACACAAUAACUUGGCUUUUCUUAUGAAUUAUCGUAAAAGGAAAGCAGAUUCCUCUAGCUUAUCGGUGUGCAGCAAUGACAGCCUAGAUGAAUCCAAAUCUUCCAGCUCAGAAGUAACAUCCCCAGAAAUGUGUGACUUUUUACCUGGCGAUGAUGCAUCUGUUUCUUCAUCUUCAAAAGAGGAGCGCAAAAUUGUGCCCCCAUUAACAGUUCGACUGCACACGCACAGUGUCUCCAAAUGCGUCACUGAAGAUGGAAGAACUAUAUCGGUGGGGGACGUCGUUUGGGGUAAAAUUCACGGCUUCCCGUGGUGGCCGGCCCGUGUUCUUGACAUAAAUCUUAGCCAGAAGGAAAAUGGAGACCCUUCUUGGCAGGAAGCGAAAGUUUCAUGGUUUGGUUCUCCAACGACAUCUUUCUUGUCUCUGUCAAAACUCUCCCCUUUCUCUGAGUAUUUCAAACUGCGAUUUAAUCGUAAAAAGAAAGGGAUGUAUCGGAAAGCUAUUACAGAAGCUGCCAAGGCCGUGGAGCAUCUGACCCCAGAAAUAAGAGAUAUCUUAACACAGUUUGAAACAUAAUUUUGGCUUCAUUAACAGGUAACAGAAGAGCGCAGCUGUCCUAGAGUUUCAUGGAGUCUGUAAACAUCCUGACACGCGCCCCAGGAGAUUUCUGACGGCUUCGCUGCAUACGUGGCAGGAUGAGCUUUCAGACUGG